AUGACCUGGAUCAUCAGUAAAAACAAAACAAUACGUCUGAUUGAACAUGGACAGAUUCACAGAGAAGCAGCAACUAAAUCAGACAGACUGAGUGUUACAGCGAACUGUUCUCUGGUUAUAAAGAAGGUCACAGACGAGGAUGUUGGUCUUUACUCCUGCAGACAGUUUGUAUCAGGAAAACAACACGGACCAGACUCUCAUGUUUAUCUGUCUGUUAUUACCAGUGAAGGAGAAACAACACUGACAACACAGUCAACUAGCACAACAAAAUCAUCCACAACAACGUCAGAGACACCAAAAUCAUCCACUUCAAGUAAAGAAAUGAGAAAAAUAACAACAACACAAACCAAGCAGACAUCAGUGGACAGACAAACACCUACAAACAACAACAAUCCAUCACAACAAGCAGGUUCAUCAUGGUGGUCUGUGACUGUUUCUGUGGGUUCAGCAGGUCUCUUAAUAACAGCUGUGGUGAUCUUUAUAUGGAAGAAAACUAAAGGAAAUAAAAAGAAGGAAGGAAACACUGCUGGUCCUGAAGAUGCUGUUGUCUAUGCGACUGUCAGCCACACCAAGAAGACCCCUAAAAAGAGUCGGGCUCCUGACACUGUGAUAUACAGCAGUGUGAGAGCUUCUUCCUCUGCAGGAGUUUCUAACUGAUCUAAACGACUCCAGUGCUGCAACUAAUAAACCAACAAAAAAAGAGAUUAAUAAUUAAAUACGUACCCUUCAUUGGGUGGUUCAUAGACUUUAUAUAUGCACGCAUAGGCAAGCAGAGCAAUAUUUAGUGCUUUUAGAAGCUUUACAACAUUUGUGUAUGACAAAGUUUUCUCAUUCCCACCAUGAGCAGUCAGUGUGAAAUGGGCUUUUAAACCAUCUUAGGGGAAGAUUAUAGGGAGCAACUGCAGAUUACCAGUUACAGUAUUAGCUUUAUGAGGCAUAGCUGAGGUGGAAUAUGGGAAAGAGGAGAGAACAUAAUGUACAUAAUUCUUUGUAUACUUUUUUGUAACAUGUUUUUAUAUUUUCUAUAUAUCCUAUUAAACUUUUACACUUGU